CCGCUAUCGAUGUGGUGAUGGUGGCGCGCUUUCAAAUUAUUAAAAUUUUGAUGCUGAGAGAGCAGCUGAGCAUCCAAUCCAACUACGGUAUUGUUGGGAUUUAUGAAGAAAAAAGGCAGUUUGAAUGGAAGGAGCAUUCCUAGCUCCAUACACCAGAUUUAACUGUGAAGAUACUGAACCUGAUAUCUGUAGAUGCAAACAAUUAACGGAUAACCACCAUCAGAAGAAAUAAUACCUUUAUAGAGAUUGUAUCAAAGAAUUUACAAUCGUCAUCUAAUGAUACAUCGGAAGCAGAAAAUGGAGGAGGAACAAGAAAAUAUUGAAAAUGAACAACCAGAGUGCGAUGCAGAUGGAGACGAAUAUGAUGAGUAUGGUUUUGCAUGGGUGGAUGCUAGAGAUGAACUAGGAGAGCGGCAACAUGAGUAUCCUUGCAGCUCCCUUUCAGAAUCACAACAACAAGAUCUAUCCAAGUUCCUUGACACGAUUUCUGGUGAUAUUGACAACAAAUCACUAGGCAAACUGCAGUCACACAUCCAGAGAGGUAUUCCGCACCAUUUGAGGGGAAAACUCUGGAAAGCUGUUCUAGGAACAAACCAACUCCAAGCCUCCAGCAAAUUCAAUUACUUGCUAAAUGUUCAGUUACUAAGGCAACAGAUGGUUGACUUAAACAUCAGUGAAUAUUGCACAAGCAAACUGGGACCAGAUUUGCUAGAUGAAGACAACGUUGAACGUUUCGACAAGUCGCAUGUCCCGGUUGCCGUCAUCCGUCAAAUUGCAGUGGAUGUUGAUCGUACUUUCCCCAUGCAUCGUAGGUUCCGUGGGAAUGGAAUGGAGGGGAUGGAAGGACGGGCAUCGUUAUUCCGUGUUCUUGCCGUAUAUGCCAGAUUUAACCCAUCUGUUGGUUACUGCCAAGGCAUGUCGUAUAUUGUCGGGAUGCUCCUUAUGAAUCUUGAGGAGCAAGAUGCAUUCUGGGUAAUGGUUGUGCUCUUCGAAAAAGCAAAGUACCUUUCUGGCUAUUUCAGUUCUUCCAUGGGCAGAAUACAGCGCCAUGCAGAAGUUUUUAAAUGUUUACUCAAGCAAAGAAAGCCAUCACUUUAUAGACAUUUGGAGCAUGUUGGUGUUCAUCCGUUGAUGUUUAUCACACCAUGGUUCAUGUGUUUGUAUACCUCGUUACCGUGCUGGGAUACAGUGCUGUCUAUAUGGGAUCAUCUAAUAAUGGAAGGUGUGACGGUAAUAUUCAGAGUCGGCCUAGCGUUGUUAGAUACUAUUGAGGAGAAGAUUAUGUCCACAGCAGAUAUGUCCAAGAUUUUACCAUCACUCUUACAUGUACCAAUUGAAUAUGCAAAAUCUGAGAAUCUGUUACCGGUCCUGUGGGAGACAACAGUCCAUCGAUGGGAGAUUGAUAGCAUCCAAGCCAUCGUUGAUGAAGAGGUCGAGAAAAUGAAACAAGGUCGUAAGAGGGCGCUGCUGAGAGAUGAAACAGCCCAGAAAACAAAGAAACUCAAAACAAAUGGAUCAGAAGUCUCUUUAUUCAAGAGGUUUGUCAACAUGUUUACUCCUGCCAACCAACGUCAGCCGAAUCCAACUUCCAAAAACACGCAAGUAAUAUCUGUGAGAAAAAGGAAAGAGCGCCACCGCAGAUACCCAGGGCAUGUGAUCACCAGAAGACAAGCUCACUUAAGGGAACUGGACGAUUUUGUCUCAACUGAGAAACGUUUGAGUUCCGUCUCCAUUUCAAAUUCUGAUGACAAAAACAGAAUGAAUAGUGGGAUAGCAGAAGUUGAGCUUGAUUCCAAAAAUCAAAUUAAGGCUGCAAAUGGAACAAAACACAAAAGAGAAGGAAGAAAUAUGGUUACAAUAAAUAACAAUGAACCAGAGUGCUCUCCCUCAUCGCCAUGGUCAUCAUCACAGUGGAUAUCUAAGGAUCAGAAUUCAAGUCCAAAAUUAUCAAGAGCUUCUCCAGACUUCAUAAACGGUGUCCGACGCAGUUUAAGGAUUGGCAGUGCUGACUACAUGUCUAAGUUUGGAAAAACCUGGCAGAACCCGUUCAACAACCCCUCAAGCAGGAAACUCAUCAGCAGCUCAGCAAAGGUUCAACAUGCAUUCAAGAUGUUCCACACACCCACCCCUCUUAGGAAUAACCAGGGACGGUGUAUGCAGACCAAUUCAUUCAUCAGUAGCCCAGAGAUUGAGAUGAGACCAAUGAGGGCAACAAAACACCUAAAAGAUUAACGAAACAAGUCUUAUGGACAGACUGACGUAGAGUGAAUAAUUGGCAUUUAUUCCUUCACUAUAGAACCCACUUGUGCAAUAGCAUAAAUAGAAAGUGGAUGUCCAAAAAUUGCAAAUUGUUAUCUCAUUGUAGUCCUAAACAUGGUAGAUUCUGGUAGCAAGCAAUUAUAUACCACCUGUGACCCUAAGGAAGAAGUGGUAAUUUUGCCAUAGAAUGUAGUACAUGUAUAGGAAAAUGAAUUGUUAUGGUUUUAAAGUGACCCAGUGUAGUGUUUGAAAGAAGUGUGGUUGUUCAAAAUAUUGUUUUAAUACUCAUUCUAGUGUUCUCUGUGCAUUUAAUGCUCUAGAAUUUAUGUUGCGGUAUACUUUGUGAUCAUAGAGCUAAUCUAGAAUUGCAUUGGACCGUUCUCUUAGUAGGUCGAUUCUGGACUUUCUCAGUACCUAAUCAGGGUGCAGAUAUAGGCCUUAAAUACUCCGUGAAUACACCAACCACUUUAAGUUUGGAAAUUUUAAUUGUUCUGUAAAUACUUUCAAGUGAUUUAAUUAUGUAGUGAAUUGCUAUUCCAACUAAAAGGAUUCAAAUCAACAUCAAGUGCCUUUUUGCUAAACACUAGAAAACCCAUGCUUUUUUCAUAAGCCGAAUGGUCUUUGUUUUGUUUACAAACAGCAUAAAAUACUGCUCAUUCGCCAGUUGUGUCUAUCAAACUCAUGAACAGCAACAAUAGUACAGUACAGUAGUUACAGACAAUGUGCAAUGCUGUGUUGGGCAAUUUCUCAAACUUGGUAUAAGUUAUUAAGUCCAAAAUCAUGUGUAUUUUUUGUGUAUGCCUAGAUCUUUGAGAAUGAUCACAAUAAAUUUUUAAUAUUGCUUUUAAAAGUACUUAAGCACCUAUCCAAAAUUUUACAGAAUUGUGUCCAAAACUUCUAAACAAGAUGUACAGUACUGAAUGAAUUAACACAAGGUUACAAAAUUAGCCCAUGCCGGAAUGUAGAUUUGCCAAGGCAGACUAUGUUAGUAUUUAAUUAUGUAUUCUGUGGCCUAUCUAGGGGUCUCAACAUGGGUCCCCCUCCCCACACAGGGAACAAGAUAGUACAGUACUGUAUUGAUUAACACAAGGUUUCAAAAUUAGUCCAUGCCCUUAAAUUUAUAACAUGCUGGAAUGUAUAUUUGCCAAGGCAGACUAUGUUAUUAUUUGAUUAUGUAUUCUGUGGCCUAUCUAGGUGUCUCAACAUGGGUCCCCCUCCCCACACAGAAUCCCUAAUAUUGUGGUCUAAAAGCAAAAUUUUGGGCCAUACAAAGCCAUAAAAACUUUUAUAUAGGGAACAUGACCGAGACUGUAGUCAGCUUUUUGGUUCGGACCCCCUACUGGAAGGUAACAUUAGGUGAUUUUUAACUAAGAGUACUUCAGUAAUUUUGGCGAAGUGGGCAAGCGCCUUAUACACCUCUAUAUUGGUCAAGUUGUUUGCAGCUACCAACCUCUGACAGAAAGUAGGAACUUCCGCUUGCCUCAUUUUAAUUAUGUUGUAGCUUUGUAUUGUCUUGUCUUGAAAUGUAUCUACAGCAAUAAAGAUUUUGAAUUAAAUUUACAAGUGUUGGCCCAUAUUCA